AUGGGCCAGGAGAAGGACAUUCGACGGCUGCGCAACGAGGCGACGUCGUUGGCGGAAUCGGAGGCGGCGGCGCGGCAAACGGCGGAGGAACAAGCGAAGGUGGCGAUGCGGGCGGCGAGGAAAGCGGAUCUGUCGAUCAAGCAGAUCCACGAAGAAAUGCUGGCGACGCUGGCGGGGAAUAAGGAGCGGCACGCGGAGGAGAUGGCGCGGGAACGCGAAGAACGGAGGGAGGAGGUGCGGGAGUGGAUGAAUCGGACGGAGGCGAAGCAGAAAGCGAUCGAGGAGGCGGCGCGGAGCCGCGAGGCGCGCGAGAAGCAGCACGAUGAAGCGAUGAGGGCGCUGCGGAGCUCGCUGCAGAGCGAGUUCGCGAAGAAAUUGGCGGAGAAUCUGGCGAAGCAGCGCGCGGAGAUGGAGGCGAGCGCGGAGAAGGCGAGGUCGGAACUGGAAAUGAAGAUGGUGCGGCUCAAGGAAAAGGCGCUCGCCGACCAGACCGUGGUGUUCAAGAGAGAAUUGGCGGCGGGCGAAGACAAGGCCGCCAAGGAGAAGAAGAUGCUCGUCGAGAGGGUCGCCAAGGAAAAGGCCGAGACCGCGAAGAAAAAUGCGCGGGAAAAGGAGGAGCUGCGCGCCGCGUUCGAGAAAGAAGCCGCCAGCUACAAGCAGAAGAUCGCAGAGCUCAAAACCGCGGUGGAGACGGGAAACGCCGCCCUCCAAAAAGUGGAAACGGAGAAACGGGAGGUCCAGAAGAACGUGGCGGCGUGCGAAGCGGAGCUCCGCUCUCUGCGGGAAAAAUGCGCCGAAUUGGAGCAAAGCCGGGCAAUGCCCAGCGCUCCGGCAAUGCCCAGCGGAAGCCCCGCGACCGCCGAGCCAUCCGCCGAUGCAGAAACCGCGGGGAACACCGCGGAAGCGCAGGGAAACGUGGAAACGUCGAACGAACCCGGAAAAUCGGAGCCUUCCGAACCUUCCGCGCCAAAAAGCCGCGAAAACGAAGCCAAUGCCGAGUCCUCCGUGGGCAAUUCCGAGUCCUCUCUGGGCAAUGCCGAGUCCUCCGUGGGCAAUGCCGAUGCUGCGUUGGCCGCGAUGAGGAAGCGGGCGGAGGAAGCGGAAGCGGAGGUGCGACGCGUGUUGGAAGCGUUGGAGUCGGAGAAAGAGCAGCGAAAACAGGAAAGCAAAGAGAACCAGGAGAAGAUUUUGAGCCUCAAGAAGAAGUGCAUCAAGCUCAAAACCCUGGCGACCAAGAUGAAAGACGCGUCUCCCGUGGAGCACAAAUCCAAGGAAGCCUCGAACUCGACGCCUUCGACCGAGCACAAGAAGAAAACCCUCCAGAAAACGGGGAAACCAGCUUCAGAUUCCGACUCAGAUCUUUCCAAUGAGAGUUGGAACCUUUCCUUUGUUUCCUGCAACAAACACAGCAAAACACCUUAG